AUGAAAUCACGACGUAGCGAUUUGUCGAGAUAUAAAUGCUUGACACACUAACGUCGAACUAUCAGAAACUAUUUUGGAUUUGUACGAGACAAAUAAAAUCGAGAAAAUGAAGAACUUGUUCGUUGUUAUCAACAUACUGGUAAUCGCUGUAUCAGCCGUGCCAAGCGAUUUGCCAAGGAUAAUGGGCCGAAUAUUUCCAGAGGGACGUAUAAUUGGCGGAGAAAAUACAAAGAUUAUAGAAGUCCCUUAUCAAGUUAGUAUUCUAAACUUAGGCUCACAUUACUGUGGCGGAAGCAUAAUCAAUAACGAAUGGAUUCUCACGGCUGGGCAUUGCGCUGGGAAACCCUUAUCCCAUUAUAGCGUUCGUACUGGAUCGGAUAAAUCUACUUCCGGUGGUAGCGUCCAUAUUGUAUCAGGAAUAUAUCGACACGAAAACUUCUCAUCUACCCCUAAGGGUGUACCAUUGAACGACAUCGCCCUUCUUCAUCUUUCAAAACCCAUCGAAGAAAACGAAACGCAAAAAUCGAUAACGUUGUUCUCGAGAGAUGAAAAGGUCGAAGCAGGAAGUAUCGCGAUUAUCACUGGCUGGGGUAAAACAAACCAUGGUAUACCGGAGUUUCUACAAACAGUGACAAUUCCAAUCAUCGAGAAAGUCGAUUGUUACGAAGCAUAUGAAAAAUUAUUCGGUGGUAUAGGUGAAAAUCAAAUCUGCGCGGCAUAUCCCCAAGGUGGAAAGGAUGCUUGCCAAGGUGAUUCUGGCGGUCCUUUGACCAUAAACGGUCGCCAAGCUGGUAUAGUUUCUUGGGGUAAUGGUUGUGCGCUUAAAGGAUAUCCCGGUGUUUACACCGAAAUCUCCAAAUAUCACGACUGGAUCACUAAGAUAACUAAUCUCGAAUUGUAAAUUUCCUAUUGUUUGUUGUCCUGUCUCUCUCUCUCUCUCUCUCUCUCUCUCUCUCUCUCUCUCUCUCUCUCUCUCUCUCUCUCUCUCUUCCUCCCUUCUUCAUACCUUUCUAUCCCUUCCGUACAACGUAAGUUUACAUCUGUACAUCUUUCUGACACGUCUGCAAUUAAACAGAUAAGUUAAAUUAAGAGCGAUCGAACCAAUGAUAAGAAGAAGGGGACCGACGUUUUCGUUUGAGUAAACGAGAGAAAUAUACAUAGAACGUAACCGAAUUGUAGGAGAAGAAGCCGCACUUACGAUCACUACUACUAACGACUAUCUAUAAUACAUAUGUAGCUAUCUAUGUUUGAGUUUGCGUUUUCCCUCACGAACGUCUGUAAACAUAGACUCGUGCGUAAAUCGUUUCCGAUUAAAUGACCAAGCUAAAUACGAGACCACCUGCAUACACUAUUGCUGAUCUCUCUCCAAAAAGCCACACGUCUUGGUCGAUGAAUUAUCUAGAAAACCUGACGAGAAAUAUUAACGCAUUCGAUAUAUUCUAGAUAUAACAUUAUAAAUAGGAUACAUAGAAAUAAUUAAAGAGAUAAUUUUAUUCUCAUUUUUAAAUUACCGAUACACUUUUAUAUUCUCAAAUUUAUCUCAUUAUUGUGUAAAAAUUUUUAAUAAAAGAUAUUCAUCGCAAUGUACAUGUAAUUC